AGAGGACACAAGGAAUCGAGGAAUCAAGGAAACAGUAUUGAGACAGAGCCAGUGUCAGUCUACCUGAUAACAACAACUUGCUAAAGGUCUCUGAGGUCAUCAGGCAGGGCUGUGUGAUGUGUACAUUCUAUGUGCUGAAAGAGUGGGCCAGAUGACUAAGACGUACAGUGACAUAGAUGCUGUAACUCGUCUGCUUGAAGAGAAAGAACGGGACUUGGAGCUCGCCGCCCGCAUCGGCCAGUCACUACUGAAGAAGAACAAAACCCUCAGUGAGAGGAAUGAAUUCCUGGAGGAGCAAGUGGAGCACAUUCGAGAGGAGGUUUCUCAGCUGCGCCAUGAUCUGUCUAUGAAAGAUGAGCUUCUCCAGUUCUACACUAGUGCAGCAGAGGAGAGUGAAGGAGAUUCGUCCACCUGUACCCCGUGAGUCUAUCUGUCAUCCCGACCUGUGAGAUUAUCCUGGUUCCGAUAACUGUUUGUGGUUCAUAGCCAACUCCUAUGGUUGUUG